AUGUCAAGAAGCUGGCCUCACCCUGAUGCAGGAAGCUUGGUUUUGACUUAUGUCCGUCAUGAUUUCGCACUUCAUCAUAAGCAACUCAAGAUCGAUAACAUUUGUGAAAGUAGUGUACAUGGAUGCAAAACCGCUGCAAGAUAUGUUAUUGGCAGAACCGGAACUCUCUCGGUUAGGAAGGAUCAUAAGAAGCCAUUGAUAGAUAUGUGA